AAAAAAGAAACAAAAACACAUAAUAUCCAGUAAUAGAAUAUUGUCACAGCUAAGCUUAUGAUCAACAAUGUAAGCACAUAGGUAAAUAUGAUUUGUAUGGGAUACCAAAAUAAAUAACAACAUCAAAACCCUGACUCAUAAUGAUUCCCAAUUAGUGUUAACAGAGAAAUGGCUUUCAUGUAAGGAAAUAGAGACAGCAGCGCUGUGGAGCAAAAAACAAUUAAGAAAAGAAAAUCCCACAGCCAGUCCAAAGAGUAAAAAAAAAAAGAAAGCAGGGGUCCAGGAGAUUUGCAUGGCUCCCUCUCCGCGGACCAACAGAGGUCCAGGUCUGCAGACGUCACUGGUCGAGGAUCUUUGUUUUCUCUCCCCCUCUCGGUGGAGGAUUACAAGUUUAUCAUCCAGCCAGGGACGGGACGGUCUCCUCUAGCGCUCCUCUCUUCCAUCUAUCGGCUCGCACUGGGCUAUUCCUCCUGUAUGGUGGAUAUCCUGCUCAAUUCUUCCUUCUUGGAUGAUAUGGGGGAUCAUUCCAAAAAGAAGUCGGGAUUCGCAAUGUGUGUGGGCUGUGGAAGUCAGAUACACGACCAGUACAUCCUGAGAGUCUCCCCGGACCUGGAAUGGCACGCAGCCUGCCUCAAGUGUGCAGAGUGCAGCCAGUACCUGGACGAGACCUGCACUUGCUUCGUCCGAGACGGAAAGACUUAUUGUAAAAGAGAUUAUGCAAGGUUGUUUGGCAUCAAAUGUGCAAAGUGUAACAUGGGCUUCUGCAGCAGCGACCUGGUGAUGAGAGCUCGGGACAGUGUGUAUCACAUGGAGUGUUUUCGGUGCUCGGUGUGCAGCCACCACCUCCUACCCGGGGACGAGUUCUCUCUGCGAGACGACGAGCUGCUGUGUCGGGCCGAUCACGGCUCGCUAGCGGAGCGGGCCUCUGCAGGGAGCCCGCUCAGCCCGGGGAACAUCCACACCAGCAGGCUGCACAUCUCAGAACCGGUUUCUGUCCGACAUCCUCCUCAUCACCGCAGCCACGUCCACAAACAGUCCGAGAAGACCACCAGGAUCCGGACGGUGCUGAACGAGAAGCAGCUCCACACCCUGCGGACCUGCUACAACGCCAACCCGCGGCCGGACGCCCUGAUGAAGGAGCAGCUGGUGGAGAUGACCGGCCUGAGCCCCAGGGUGAUCCGCGUCUGGUUCCAGAACAAGCGCUGCAAAGACAAGAAGAGGUCCAUCCUGAUGAAGCAGCUCCAAACACAGCAGCACAGCGAGAAAACCAAUCUGCAGGGACUGACAGGCACACCUCUGGUGGCAGGUAGUCCAAUCCGGCACGACAACACCGUGCAAGGGAAUCCUGUGGAGGUCCAAACCUACCAGCCACCGUGGAAAACUCUGAGCGACUUCGCCCUGCAGAGCGACCUGGACCAGCCCUCCUUCCAACAGCUGGUGUCUUUCUCCGAGUCGGGCUCCUUGGGCAACUCCUCGGCCAGUGAUGUGACCUCACUCUCGUCUCAGCUACCGGACACACCGAACAGCAUGGUGCCGAGUCCCGUCGACACGUGAAGGCUCCUCGAGGUCAGCCGGGAAAACCCCCACAUGCGCGCACCCGCGCCCGCUGCAGGGGACGCGCACAGACCUCAGUGACAUUUAAUCAGAGAAAAACGAAUUAAAGGACCAGGGCGGAUUAUACUCGAGGAUACAUCCAGGUUACCAACUGGAGGAUGGGAGGUCUGACUAUUCCCUUCAAUUUAGCCAUUUUAGCUCACCGUCUUGCUCAAGGAUACGUCGGCAGGAUCCCCCGCUGGUGAUGGACAUCAUGGGCUUUUGAGACCUUCUACCAUGAUGCCAAAGUUUGAACGGGCCAAAACGUGUUGAAUGUGUAACGGGAUCUAAACACAUUGUGCUGAAGUAGACUUCUGAAGGUCACAAUGCUUUAUCAGGAACCAAAUUGUGUUGAUGUGCAUGAUUUGUUUCAAUAUCGACUCUUGUAAAUGAAUGAAACAGGAGCGAUGUGCAUUGUUCGCGUUUUCUCCAGGAAAUAAGUUAUUAUUAUUUAUUAUGACGACAGACAUAGCCAAUCUUAUCAAUAAAUCCCACAAUUUAACUGAUUAUUGCAUGCAAUAUUCCAUUUGUUCUGUUAAUCAUAAGAUAUUUUCUUAUAAUUAUAGUUGGUAAAAUAAAUCAGUUUUACGGGAAAUUGAAAAUCGAUUCUUGGAGCUGCGCUGUUCAGAUUAAAAUUAAACUUUUAGACUAAAAACUAAAGACCAAGCUAUACGACUGCCUACAGUUCAUAAAAUAAAUGGAUAAAUACGUUUUGGGGAUCAGAAAUUGAAUAUUGAGGUAUUGAAAUUGUUUUCCCACAUGUUUGCGUACCGUUCUGUCUGCGAGCCUCAGGUAAAGGCCCUGCUUAUAUUUUGACCUGCUCAGUUUCGGAGCCAAGUGGAUCAGUGACUGAUGGCCCCUGGGUCAAAGGUCAUGAAAGCAAUGGGCUGAGGUCUCUUCAGUUCGGGCCCUCACGCGAUUCGCCUUCUUGUUCUUUUUUGGAAAAAGCUCAGCCCC